GUUCCGCCGUACGCGACGGCGACCGAGGGCGUCGGCGCGCUCGUCCUGUCGCCCGACGAGACGCGGGUCCUGCUGGUGUGGGAGUAUGGCUGCUGGAAGAUGCCGACGGGCGCUGUGGAUGCGAGCGAGGGCGUGCUGCAGGCGCUGCGGCGCGAGCUGCGCGAGGAGGUUGGCUGCCGCGUCGACAGCGACUUCUCGCCGCUCUACCUCGGCGGGUGGCAGAAUGCGCGCGCCUUCGACGAGCGCGUCAACAACCACUUUUCCGUCUACGCCAUCGGGGCUGCGCGCUGGUUCGACGUCGCGAAGCUCCGAGCGCGCGCGGCCGCCGCAGGCGCGGCGAGUCAGCCCGCGGCGAACCGGAUGCUCCUCGACGUAGCGGGGCUCUUCCCGGAGGCGGCGGAGCUGAGCGGCGACGAGCUCGUGACGCAGGUAUCGACGACGCUGCUGCAUUCGGUCGAGACGCUGCAGAGCGGGCGCGGCCUCGCCUGCGGCGAGACGGACAGAGCCGUGCAUAUCAAAUAG